GACCAAUGUUUCAAUAUUCUCAACCAAAUAAGAACGGCAAAUUUUAAUAAUCUGAAGAUUGUAUGUAUUCGAUUUUCCGUCCACCAGUCCCCGCUAAAGAGAGUAAAUUCUACCAGAAAUUUCAAGUGUGGGGUUGUGGGGUUGAGGGGUACGGGGAUGAGAUCGACAUUUCCUUCACCGUAUACUGUCAAGUUCGAAGCUUUACCCCAUCUUCGACCUUGAAAUUUUUGAAGAUGCUACAAUUUCGAUCAGCCGUUCUUGCUAUCCGUUGUCCGAAGCUUGAUCUUAAUGGUUGGUAGAGUUCUCGGUCACAUUGUGCAGGCGUACCCGUUCGGUUCUGUCCAAUCACUUGAGAUUUUGAGCACAUUAGCUCUUAGAACUCAUGGUUCUUGGGACUCAUGGUGGACGGAAUGGAUAUGUUGGUAUGAAGAGUGGACUUAAUAGAUGCCCUCGUGAGUGAGAAAAAUCAAAUGGCAUCAAAAUUGCUGUACUGGUUCCCGGAUUCCAGGUACAUAAAAGCUAGAAAAUCCCACGUCAAUCUCCAGAACUACACUUGUACACCAGUUGCAAACAAUGGAGUCCCUUAAUCCAAAGAGUUUGCUUCGUGCAGCCUUGCUUUCUACUGCAUUAUGUGGGCCAAGUAUCACAAACGCGCAGGAUGUUAUUACCGAUGAUACAUAUUUCUAUGGACAAUCUCCACCUGUGUAUCCAUCUCGUGAGUUACCAUAUUCGCAUCUUGAUUGAUUCCCUAUAUAUCUUUGGACAAAUGACUUAUAAAUACCACAGCCGAAAUGCCAGGAAACGGAUCAUGGGCAUCUGCCUACUCCAAGGCUGUUGCUCUGGUUUCCCAAAUGACCAUGGCGGAAAGAGCCAACCUCACAGUUGGGCAAUCAGAAGGCUUAAACGGCUGUAAUGGCCUAACAGGUUCUGUACCGCGACUUAAUUUCAAAGGUAUCUGCAUGAAUGAUGCCGGAAACGGUCUUCGUGAUACGGAAUUAGUAAAUUCCUGGCCUAGCGGUGUCCACAUGGGCGCAAGCUGGAACAAAAAUUUAACUUACCACAGAGGGUACAAAAUGGCAAGGGAAUUCAAGGCAAAGGGCAUCAAUGUUGCUCUCGGUCCUGUUGUUGGCCCUUUUGGAAGAGUUCCAAUUGGUGGAAGGAAUUGGGAGGGGAUGGGCACUGAUCCAUAUCUUUCAGGAAAGCUCGCCGCUCAAACUGUUUCCGGAAUACAAGAUGCUGGCAUAAUAGCAUCAGUGAAGCAUUUCAUUGGAAAUGAACAAGAAUAUAAACGAAAUCCAUCGGGCAACGUUUCUGCCGUCUCCUCCAACAUCGAUGAUAAAACAAUGCACGAAUUAUAUCUUUGGCCAUUUGCCGAUACUGUUCAUGCAGGAGCUGCCUGCGUCAUGUGUUCAUACAAUCGACUCAACAAUUCAUAUGCCUGCCAAAACAGCAAAGCUCAAAACGGACUUUUAAAAACCGAAUUGGGAUUUGAAGGAUUCGUUGUAAGUGACUGGGGAGCAUUGCACGCUGGUUAUGCAGCAGCAGAGGCAGGAUUGGAUAUUGUCAUGCCAAGCUCAGACCUCUGGGGAGUGAGUGGUGAAAAUUUAACAGCAUCCGUUGCAAAUGGGUCUCUUGCGGAGUCAAGAUUGACCGAUAUGGCUACUAGAAUUGUGGCCAGUUGGUAUCAAAUGGGUCAAGAUGAAGAUUUCCCAGAACUCGGUUUGGCAUCUUCAUAUUUGACACCACAUGCUAAAGUCAAUGCCCGAGAUCCCUCGUCAAAGCCAAUUCUUUUGAGUGGCGCAAUGGAGGGUCAUGUUUUGGUUAAAAAUAUUAACAAUGCUCUUCCUCUUAAGAAGCCCGAAUUGCUUUCUAUCUUUGGGUACGAUGCACCGGUGCCAAGUCAGAGUAACAUUGGAAACAGCCGAUAUUCGUAUGGGAUGGAAGCUAUUUUGGAUCUCAAUAUAACUGACACUCCCAUCGAUAUCUCAUUGCAAAUCGCAAGCAACGGUACUCUUAUUGCUGGAGGUAAGAUGAGUUCGAUACACCCAACAAGACAGCACAUGUUAACAACCUGUAUAGGUGGAAGCGGCUCAAACGCCCCGCCAUAUAUCUCUGCCCCUUUUGAUGCGCUACAGGAACAAGCUUAUAAUGAUGACACAAGUAUUUUCUGGGACUUUGUUUCCGUUGACCCCGACGUUGAUGCCGGCUCGGAUGCUUGCCUUGUGUUCCUCAACGCAUAUUCUAUCGAGAAUAGUGAUAGACCUGGUCUUUAUGAUGACUUCUCUGAUACCUUGGUAAAUAAUGUUGCAUCAAAAUGCAAUAACACAAUUGUGACCAUUCAUAAUGUUGGGAUACGCCUGGUUGAUCAAUGGAUCGAGCAUCCAAACGUCACGGCCGUGAUUUUUGGUCAUCUGCCCGGUCAAGAUAGUGGUCGAGCACUUGUUAAAUUGUUGUACGGUGUUGAAUCGUUCUCCGGUAAAUUGCCAUAUACGAUCGCAAAGAACGAGUCAGAUUACAAUGUGUAUAACCACUCGGCACCUGAGGGUAUUUAUACACAAUUCCCACAGAGCGAUUUUUCAGAGGGUGUUUAUCUCGAUUAUCGCGAUUUUGAUGCUCAAAAUAUAACUCCAAGAUUUGAAUUUGGAUUCGGAUUAACAUACACUACUUUUGAGUAUUCCGACCUUUCGAGCUCAGUUGUUUCGAAUGCGAGCACAGCUUACUUCCCGCCAAUUACCACCAUCAUUCAGGGUGGAGCCCAGUCUCUCUGGGACGUUGUCGCAAAGGUUCAAGCAACUGUGUCAAACAACGGAACAAUGACUGCCAUGGAGGUUGCACAGUUGUAUGUCGGUAUUCCGAAUGGACCAGUCAGACAGUUGAGAGGUUUCGAGAAGGUCAACAUACCAGUUGGAGAAAGCGCGGUUGUGGAAUUUGAGUUGACGAGAAGGGAUUUGAGUGAGUGGAGCGUGGAGGAACAAAGUUGGGUAUUACAACAGGGAAGUUAUGGGAUCUGGGUUGGAUCGAGUAGUAGGGAUUUGCCAUUGAGUGGAAAUUUGAUCAUUGGAGGAUCGUGAGAUUGAGAGGGAUAGUAGAUGAAUCGCCAACGGGAAUGAAUAGUAAUGAUAAUGAUACAACCAUCAAACCCAGAGUUUCAAUUCUUCACGACAACUAGAGCCUGCUUGCUUGUGUUGUGCGCUCUCUAAGGUUAUCGUGUGAGAUUGUAGGAAUGCCUUGCACACUCUGUUGUAUCACGACGCUCCUCACCAAAGUCCCCCGGUGCCAUGUAUCCCUUUUGGGUAUGAAUGAAUGCAGAGCUUCCUUCACGGAGGAAUAUCAACAUUCGUUCCUCCAUAAGCUUCGCAUCGAUACAGGACAUCCCGUGAUCUACUCGGAGACUUCAGAAAUCGCACCACGACAAAUCUCUUCGUAAUCUUAUGCCAGCUCAACCGUUGCUGGUGUAUGGUUUCUCCUCCAUAUGAAGUGAUUCUGCGGCAAACUGUCAAAGUACGUGUUCUGCAAGCUCCACGUGUUCUUGACGUGUCAUUAGCCUCAACACUAGAUUGGGGUUGAGGUUGGUGUUGGUGUGUCAGAUCUGGUCCGCAAGCUUGCCAAUUUAUCCUUGAGCUCUCUCCA